AUGUCUGUGGUCCACUUUAGCAUUGACCGGCCAUUUGGCAUCUACCUCUUCAAGUAUUUUGACGCGUUGUACACUGCUGUCCUGGGAACACCGGCUACCAAAUUUGCCUUUGUGGAUGGAGUAACUCCUCUUUCAACCCUAACAGAAGUUGUCGUGAGCUGUCUCACAUACUAUGGUGUUAUCUUUGGUGGACGGUACAUCAUGCGGAAUUCUGAGCCAUUGAAGUGCAAAUUGGCCUUCCAGAUCCACAACAUUCUGAUCACAAUCGUCUCUGGUGCUCUUCUUGCCCUCAUUGUCGAACAAGUCUUGCCAAAGAUGAUCCGCCAUGGCUUCCACUAUACGGUCUGUAACUCCAAGGCCUUCACAACCGAGGUUGAAAUCUUGUAUUAUAUCAACUAUCUUAUCAAAUAUUGGGAGCUAUUGGACACCGUAUUUUUGGUUAUUAAGAAAAAGAAGCUUGAAUUCCUGCAUUACUUCCACCACAGUAUGACCAUGGCGUUGUGCUAUUCUCAGCUCACAGCAAAGACUCCAGUUUCUUGUGUUCCCAUCUGCCUGAACCUGUGUGUACAUGUAGUGAUGUACUACUACUACUACCUCACAACAACUGGAGUCAAGAUCUGGUGGAAGAAACAUCUCACAACCAUGCAGAUCUCCCAGUUUAUCAUCGACCUCUUAGUUAUCGGCGGACUUGCCUAUUCCCACUUUGCCUAUGUCUUCUUCAGAGGAAUUCUUCCCACCUCAGGAACUUGCACCGGCACUGAGACUGCGGCCAUCUUUGGAAGCGGCCUACUAACAGCCUACCUCUUACUCUUUGUCAAUUUUUACCGAACGACUUACAACGCAAAGGAGAAGGCUCUUAAAGAGCAACAAGCAGCCGCGGAACGUCUAAAGACCAAGAUGUUGCUCUAGAAAUACAAUCUCUUUCUCUCUUUCUUUUAUUCGUUCUUUCUUUAUUUCCCUUCAUGUUCCCUCUACCUAUCUCUACCUAUCUCUCUCUCUCUCUCUCUCUCUCUCUCUCUCUCUCCGUUUGCGUGUGUGUAGCUGUUCAUAUAUCAUUCAUUCAUGCUAAUCUUGUUUAUUCAAAUAUCCUCAUAAAUUCUAUUCUAUACAUUAAAAAUACAAAAAAUAAAUGACCAAAUAGGCGAGUAUUUGUUUUUUUUGCUACCUC